AUGUCUGAUCCCAAUCUAUAUUAUGCGUAUUUGUCAGUGUUCAGAAGGAUUUAUGCAUACGCGGAUGCGGCGUCGAGUGGAGUCCUUGAUUCAGACUCUGGAUCGUGCCAAACCAGAUCUCGAGAAUUCAAGGAAAACUUCAUACAACAGAUCCUUCAAACGGCUGAGCCUCAAGGAUUCAAGAGUCAACUCAUUUUCAUAAAGGGGAAGCUUCAUGAGAAAGUAAAGAUGUUCUGCUUCUUUUGGACUAUGCAACCGCCAACCGAGGAAUUGCUGGUGCAUGUUUGCAAAAUGUUUCCAGGUGCUUGUGACUUGAAGAUGUGAUUCUUCUUUUGAACUCUUCACGCUCAGUAUCCAAGGAAUUGCUGGCCUAUUUUUGCUGACUGUUCCAGGUGCCUGUUAUUUAUUCAUGGAAAAAUAAAAGGAUACAAGAUAAAACGACCAACCAAAUUAGUUAUUAAAAUGUAAUAUUGUUUAUCAUCUGAAUGUGGUGUACUAUGUAUAUCUGUAUUUAGGGUUACAUAUCAAAAUACCUUCCUUUUUGAGGUAUUCAUCUAAUUUCCCUUUUAUUGUACAGUUAUCGAUUGUUUGUUGCUGCAAGAGUUUAAACUACCUAAUGAGGUCACCUGUAGCGUUU